CUUAAAUACAUUUGAUCCAUAGGUUUUGCAGACGAAUGUACUGUAUCCAUAGGUAACAAUAGCCCGUACGGAGUAGUAUGUGCACCCCUAGAACGGAACCCUAACUCCACCCCGGCCCAGUCGCCGCCAUGGUCAUUGCGGUCCCCAUCCGUGCGAUCGCACAUAUUUCCUUCGCCAAACAUGGAGGUUUGAUCUAGGAUUCGAGGGCGGUCCUUGAUUCUGUGGAGAUCACCUCCGAGCAAGAGAGACAUAUCACACGGCUUCAUGGGAUCGAGCGUUGGAUUGGGUAUUGAUGGGACAUCCGGGGCCGGACCCUCCAAGGAUGUAAAGUCACUGUUACUCGCCCUGGAUACUCCAACAGAACACAGAGAGCCAGCUGGAUUCUCCUCAACUACCCCUCCCUCGAGGACCCGUCGUAGAUCUGUCGGGGACUUUUCAAAGUUUGGAUCGACACCAGCGUCUAUGCAAGAAGCCCUGGUAGAAGAUUACAGAAUGCAAAUGUCGAUCCCCUGGAGAGUCUCUUAUCGUCUCGGGAGGUGCAGUUUCACGUGGAAGACACACAAUGCCGAUUCAAGCGGAUACUGCAGACCCGGGAGUGGGCCAGGGUCCAGGCAGAUUUUAUCUCCACAGAUCCCGGGAGUCGCACCUCAGAGUGGCUUGGCUUCCAGAACUGGGUGCACGUGGGGCUUGCUGAUGGGACUGAACCCCGCAUGUGGCCUGAAGAUAUGCUAGGUGAGCCGAACGCGGCCUCCUUCAGCCUCGACGCGCCUUUGGUUCGUGAUGA